AUGUCGAGCCAUAAAACUCACCUAACCAAUCCUUUACAGCGAAAGGUAGAUGAGCUAGUACAAAAGUACGACCGCAUCACUGAGCCCAGUCCGGUUCUUCGUGAGAUACUUCGGGACUCGGAAGGGCUGGCAUCUCUCGUCCACGCUAUUCGGCGCCAGGUUUCGCUCGUUCGAUGCCGGUCUCAGGAUCCCGAAGACGCGCAAAUCACCAUCUACGAUCACGCUCUGUUGGUUCUGUCGAACUACGGUGAUGACCCCAGAGAUACCGGCGCGCUGGAGCUCUACUUGACCGAGUUUCUCGGAAUAGUCCCGAUUUCUACCGUCUUUCAGGCUAGAAAGUCGAUCGAUGGCCAUGUUACGCUCCGAAAUGUUGUGACUAAAGUCACAGGGUCCGGUUACACCCCUGGUAAGCCCACGGUGAUCGACAACGACGCGCAGGACAAGUCCGAGCAUAGAGUCAAGGUCAACGACAAUAAAGAGCGCCACCAGAAUGACGAGAGCAUAGGCCAUUCACAUCCUAGCUCAAGCCCCGAGGAUACCCGGAUCCGUGAACAAGCCCAUCGUCUGAUCCAGGUCUACCGUGCGGCCAAGACUGAGUACAGCGACGAGAAACAGCGCGACGGAGUGCACGACCUGAGCUUGGUUCGAUACCUUCGAGACACGGCCGAGAAUACGCUUCUAUAUCUCCAGGGUAACGGCAUGUCGGACCAUCCUUUGAUCCAGGAAAUUGAGUAUUCCUUCAAAAUGGCAAGGGACAAGGCCGCUCAGCUGUCGGGUGGUCGAGGACGUCGUUUCGACGAGCCUCGUGAGCCCAGAUACCCUCCCAAGCUCAAGCGGAAAAGAGGAGUAGAUUCUUAUCGUCCCCGGGACUAG